UGUGGGCAUGACAUCUGACCCUCCCCCCACCCGGCCCUUUUCAUCGGACCCAGCUCAGCCUUGGGGUGGCCUCUGUUUCCGGAAGGUGAGCCUCAGGCCCCUCCUUGAAACCCCCUACCCAGGACUCACUGGCCCCCAAACCCAGGGCUGGCGUCUGUGCCACGUCCCAGCCGGAUGGCCCACAAGGGCUGUCCCCUUAGCUGGCACACUGCCUGCCCAGGCUCUCUUCAUUGGAAGGCCUGCGUCUGGCCCAGGUGGUCAGGAGCCCUGCUGAUGAGGGGCAGUGAGGAGAAGAGUGGGGAGAAGCUGCGGGGAUGCCCCUCACCCAUACCACAAGGCCUGCUCCCUGUCUUCUCCCCCAUGCCCACUCCCCAGGUACUGCCAGGUGACCUUUCUAAAGGGCAGCCCUGAUGCGUGUCUCCCGACAGGCUUGGUCUCUCGAUGUUUCUCUUGAAUGAGACCCAGCCCCCACUGAGGCUGGACACUGUUGUCCACAGUGCUGCUGCUGGCUGGCCUGAGGACAGGGGGUCAGAUGCAGAGACCCCUGAGCUCUCAGCCCACAGCAGGCCCCGCGCCCUCCAUCACCAUGAACCUGGACAUCCAUGGGGAGCACGUGAGUGACACGCGAUGGAUGGCACUCCAGCCGCAGAUCAAGCAGGUUGAGGUCCUCAGGCUGCGGUUGUGCGGCCUCACGGAAGCCCGCUGCCAGGAACUCGGCGCUUCCCUGCAGGCCAACCCCGGGCUGCAGGAGCUCUGCGUGGACUUCAACGAGAUCGGGGAUGGCGGCUUGAGCCUCCUGUUGCAGGUGCUGCUGGGCCCUACCUGCAAGAUCCAGAAGCUGAGCUUGCCAAACUGCAGCCUGACCGCGAGCAGCUGUGAGGGGCUGGCUGACCUGCUCCGCUCACGGCCCACCCUGCUGGAGCUGGAUCUCAGUGACAACCCCCUGGGUGAUGAGGGGCUGCGGAUGCUCUGUGGGGGGCUCCAGGACCCUCAGUGCCACCUGGAGAAGCUGCAGCUGGAGGGCUGCCAGCUGAGCGGGGUGAGCUGUGAGCUUCUGGAGGGCGUGCUGAAGGCCAGGCCGGCCCUGAAGGAGCUGGUGUUGAGUGGCAACCAGCUGGGCCCUGCCCUGCAGGGGCUCUGCCAGGCCGCCAGCAAUCUGGAGACCCUCAAGCUGGUCCAGUGUGGCAUCACAGCAGCUGACUGCAAGGGGCUGAGCAGCAUGCUGGCCGCCAGUGAGACGCUGCAGGAGCUGCACCUGGGGGAGAAUGAGCUGGGCAGCGAGGCCAUGGCCCUGCUCUGCUCCGGGAUGCUCAGCCCCAGCUCCAGGCUCAGGGUCCUGGGGUUGUGGGAGUGCUGCAUCUCGGCCGAGGGCUGCCGGGAGCUCAGCCGCGUGCUGGGUGCCAAGGAGAGCCUGAGGGAGCUGAACCUGACCUACAACGAACUGGGGGACACCGGUGUGGCGCUGCUGUGUGAGGCCAUGCGGGAGCCGGGCUGCCGGCUGGAGUCGCUGCGGAUGCGGUCCUGUAGCCUGACGGCUGCCUGCUGCACAGACCUGGGUGCCAUGCUGGUCCAGAACAAGCACCUGCGGGAGCUGCAGCUGAGCAGCAACAACCUGGGGGACAACGGCGUACAGCUGCUCUGCCAGGGCCUGGGCCAGCCCGGCACCACACUGCGCCAGCUCUGCCUGGGGGACUGUGAGGUGACUGAUCGUGGCUGUGCCAGCCUGGCCUCGCUCCUCGGUGCCAACUGUAGCCUGCGUGACCUGGACCUCAGCAACAACUGCAUGGGCGAAGCGGGCCUCCUGCAGCUAAUCGAGAGCAUCCGGGCGCCAGAAUGCACCCUGGAGUGCCUGGUGCUGUAUGACAUCUACUUCUCAGACAAGGUGUUCCAAGACCUGACAGUCCUGGAGGAGAGCAAGCCUUCCCUGAAGAUUAUCUCCUGAGCUCCCCCUCCACCCCACCCCACGGUGCCCUGCCCUGAGGGAGCCUCCAGCCCAGCCGUGCACUGGGUGAACCACAGACACUUUAUGAUGUUAAUUAAAGUACAUUCUAGCAGGA